CUUCAUCUUCAUCUCUCAGAACUUGCACUCACCUCACGAUCCUCACGCGCCCGGCAUGUCUGAAUUGCAUGUCGAGCGCACACCACGCCGGCGCUCGACAGUAGCCGAGUCGUUCAUCGACACCAAAGCGUUCCUCUCAGACCGCUUCGACGUCCACGACUACGCCAACGCCGUACUGCAGGGCAAGGCGUAUGACCCGGACGCUGGGAGGCCACGAUCAGGAUCGACGGCGAAGGAGGGCGACGCCGGGCUCAGCCGACGGCAGGAGGAGAAGGGCGAUCUUGGGCUCGAGGUUGCCCGACUCAACUACGGAAUUGAAGACGUCACUAAGCAGUUGCGGCAAGAGAUCACCACUUCCUACCCCCUGCUCCUGACGCACCUCACGACGUCGCUCGCGCUCAGCUCGCAGCUCUCGCCCAUCCGCUCGUCGCUCAACUCGCUCUCGUCCAGCAUAGACCGCCUGCACACGAAGAUCCACACCCCGCAUGCGCAGCUCGCGCUCCUCGUGCGGCGGCUGCGGCUCCUCGCGCUCGCGUCCGACCUCUCGAGACGGGCGGCGCGCUUCGUCCUCGUCGCCCGCCGUCUCGAGGGGCAGAUGGAGCGGCUGAAGGCCGCGCCGGCGCCCGCGUCGGGCAGCGGGACGAACACGCCGGCGCCGGGCGAGGGCGAGAAGGAGAUCGAGCUGGCAAAGGCGGCGCUGAGCGUCGCCGAGCUCGACGCACUCCUCGCCCCGCCCGAGGGGGAAGGUGAAGGAGACGAGGGCGAGAACUCGACCGCCCCUCUUCCGCUGCAGAGCCUCGAGUUUGUCGAAGCGUAUGAGCCUGUCGUGGACAAGGCGCGCGACACGAUCAUCACUGAGAUGGAGAGCAUGGUGCGCUCCGGCCUCGCGAAUCUCAACCAGCCUCUCAUCUCGUCGUCGCUCCAGACAGCACAUAACCUCCGCCUCCUUCCAGACCUCGUGGCCAACCUCGUCGCCGACCUUAAUGACACGGUCACGCUGCGUGUGCAGCGCGCAUUCGAUUCUGCGGCCAUUGGCCGUGAAGUGGCCGGCAAGGAAACAUCGCAUGCGAUCCGCUUCACGACGCGCUCGCGCCAGCAGACGGAGCCCGCGAGCUCGCAAGCUGCGCAGUGGACCGCUGUGCUGUGGACCCGCCUCGAACGCGUCAUCGAGGACGUGGCGGCGUGCUGCAUCAAGGUGUACACGCUCGAGAAGGUGUUGCGCAUCAAGCGCGACGCGGUGACGAACGCGGAGUUCCUCGAGGAGGUGAUGCAGAAACUGGACGAGAAACCGAGCUUCACUUUCUGGACGACGUUGGCAACCGCCUUCGAGUCACAGUGCAAAGACGCGGCCCGAGCCAAUGGGUGGCUUCAGCAGGCCCUCAGCACCGGAUAUCCUCGUUUGUUACGCCUCUUCCAUGACUUCUUCGCCAAGAUCGCCGUGCACACCGACACAGUCUACACGCGCGAGACACAAAGCCCCGAAGCAGUCCUGGCCCUGCGCUCUGUGUCGACCUUCGAAUCGCUGUACCUCUCGCGCUCCACCUCGCGCAUGUCUGACGCCGUUUCGUCUGCCAUGUCGCAUUACAGCGUCCCGAGGACAACAGCACCGAGUGCAACCGAAGGCGUCAACAUCGCACGCGCCAUCAUCAACGAACUCGACUCGGCGCGCUUCGACCCCCUUCUUGUCCGCACUGUUGCGCGCAACGCCGUCAAAGUACUCACGACAUUGAAGACAAGGGUUGACGGAGCGCUCGUCCGCGACUUCACCGCCACGUCUCUCAUCGGGCCGACCGCGACGCCCGCCGAGAUCCUCAACGCCCAACUCAUCAGCUGCCUGUACCACUGCACGCUAAACCUCUCCGCACUUGAGCCCCGCUUCGGGUCCAAGGUGGCCGACAUCAUCGCGCCGCCCGUCCGGGCGCUGGAGGAGACGUAUGUGCGCGUGACGGACGCGCUCGACGUGGCGAUCAAGCGCGAGUUCUCGGCCAUCCUCGCCCGCAUCCACCGCGUCGACUUCAGCAAGCCCAUGGACCCCAUGGCCAUGGGCAGCAGCAGCCCGUACAUGCAAGACCUGCUGGACAAGCUCACCUUCCUGCGUCUCGAGGUGCUCGGCCGCUCGUCGCUCGGCGACUUUAUGCGGCAAUGGGUUCUCUCGCUGAGCAAGUACCUCAUCACGACGUUCUUGCUGCACGCGUCGAUCGCGCGCCCGAUGGGCGAGAGCGGCCGCCUCAAGCUCACGGGCAACAUGACCGAGUUCGAGAUGGGCCUCCAGAACUUCCUCAACACGGGCAGAGUGCAGGGUGCGCGCGGGGGCAUGCGCGUCGCCGACAUCGGAGGGGAGUAUCUCGCGCUGCGCACUUUCCGGACCCUGCUGUUCGCGGACCGCGCGGGCCUCACAAAUCCCGUCGAGACCGUGCAUCUCCCGCCCCUCAUCGUGCUGCACCACAUCAUUGUGCGCUCGCCGCUGCGCUUGCCGCACGAAGUGCAUGGGUGGAGCGAGGCGGAGUAUGUUUUGUGGGUGCAGAAGCACGAGGAGGAGCACGAGCAGUGGGAUUUGCUUGAGAAGGCCGUCGACGACCAGGUCGCCGUCGCGUCCACGCCGGGCGUCGGGCAGGACGACGAGGACCGCGAGACGGUCGAACUCGUCAGGGAGGUGCUUGAGCAUGCGCGCCACCACCAUGAGCGAGAUCGCGAUCACGCACAUCAUGCGCGUGGCGCGUCGCGGUGAGACUGUUGGAUUAGGCUAUGCAUCUUAGUCCUACCUGCGUAUGACAUGCUAAUGACAC